AUGAAUAUUGAAAAUGUGAGCCUUCUCGACGGCUCGCCACUGCCAACACGACAACAAAAUGCGAUUCCGCCGCCGCCGGACCAUCCGAAAAAACGGUCGAACGCGCCGCGUCUCGAAGCGUUUGUGACAAUCAAGGGAAUGACGUGUCAUGCGUGUGUAAACAACAUUCAAGACCAUCUAUCGUCGAAACCCGGCAUUUUUCGAGUGUUGGUCGAUUUGAAAAAUGAGCAAGGAAAAAUUCAAUUCGACUCUUCGAAAUGGACAGGCGAAAAAAUUGCCGAGACUAUCGAUGAUAUGGGUUUCGAUUGUAAACUUAUCAGCUCAAAAAUCAUCUCAACAUCGCCGCUCACUGAACAACCAUUGGUGGCGUGCGCCGCGGCUGAGAUGGCGAAACGCAAGAAGGCGACGGUUUCGAUCGAGGGAAUGACUUGUCAUGCUUGCGUCAACAAUAUUCAGGAUAAUAUUGGCGGCAAGGAUGGUGUAUUUAAAAUUGUGGUGAGCCUCGAGAAAAGGCAAGGUGAAAUUGAAUUCGAUGCGUCGAAAUUCAAUGGAUCUCAACUUGCUGAAGCUAUUGAUGAUAUGGGAUUCGAUUGUAAAUUAUUAGAAGAAGGAGAUUGCUCAACUGAGCCGGCUCCAAAGAAACCGGAAAUCAUUAAUAUCACUCCAACAAAAGAUCGAAGCAAUUCGGAUACGGUUGAAUUGCAGAUAAACGGAGUUCGAUUCAAGAAGGGGGCUUCAUCCGAUCACGUUGAGAAGUGCAUAAUUGGCGUUGAAGGAAUGACAUGCGCCUCGUGUGUGCAAUACAUUGAGCGGAAUGUGGCGAAAAUGGAAGGCAUUAACUCGAUUGUCGUUGCGCUAAUCGCUGGAAAAGCCGAAGCCACCUACGAUUCUCGACUGACGUCUUCCGAUGCAAUUUGCGAUCAAAUCAAUGAGCUCGGCUAUACCGCAAAACUAUUGGACUCCGGCGUGAAUGACAAUUUGUCGAAAAUCCAAUUUAUUAUUGGUGGAUUGAACACCGAAAGCGACGCGAGUCGCAUCGAAUCGCACGUUCUAUCGAAAACCGGCGUCGAUUCGUGCAACGUCUCGCUGGCGACAUCGUUGGGAGUCGUCGAAUUCUCGCCGCAACUCAUCGGCCCUCGCGACAUCAUUCAAGUCGUCGAGAAUCUUGGAUACACCGCCGAGUUGGCGUCGAGAGACGAGCAGAUUCGUCGGCUCGACCAUUCCGAGGACGUCAUCAAAUGGCGCAACACAUUUUUGAUUAGUUUGAUAUGCGGUGUUCCGGUGAUGAUCAUCAUGAUCAUAUUCCAUUGGAUUCUUCACACGCCGAUGCAUCCGGAGAAGCAGACGCCCGUGUUCACGCCGGCGCUUUCGCUCGACAAUUUCCUCUUGCUGAUACUCUGCACACCUGUCCAGGUAUUCGGAGGACGAUACUUCUACGCGGCGUCAUGGAAAGCAAUGAAACAUGGGAAUGCGAACAUGGAUGUGCUCAUCGUGCUCGCCACCACCAUCUCAUACGUCUACUCGAUUGUUGUUCUUCUGCUCGCGAUUCUUCUCAAAUGGCCUGCCUCGCCGAUGACGUUCUUCGAUGUUCCGCCAAUGCUCAUCGUUUUUAUAUCGCUGGGACGAAUGCUCGAACACAAAGCAAAAGGAAAAACUUCCGAGGCGUUGUCGAAACUCAUGUCGCUUCAAGCGAAAGAAGCGACAUUGGUGACGAUGGAUGAUGAUGGGCGGCUGACAUCGGAGAAAGGUAUCAAUAUCGAAUUGGUUCAACGAGGCGAUUUGAUCAAAGUGGUUCCCGGAGCGAAAAUUCCCGUCGAUGGAACCGUUGUCGACGGCAAAUGUUCGGCUGAUGAAAGCUUCAUCACUGGCGAAUCGAUGCCCGUUGUCAAGAAGGUCGGAAGUACUGUCAUUGGCGGAUCUGUGAAUCAAAAAGGAAUUCUCAUUGUGAAGGCGACGCAUGUCGGAAAGAAUUCAACACUGGCGCAAAUCGUCCGUCUCGUCGAAGACGCCCAAACGAACAAGGCGCCGAUUCAGCAGCUCGCCGACACAAUCGCCGGCUAUUUUGUGCCGUGCGUCAUCGGUCUUUCGCUUCUCACACUGAUGACGUGGAUCUAUUUCGAAUAUCGAUCGCCGAAAAAUUCGAGGUUGCCACCCGACUUGCGAUUCGAGAGCGCGCUUAAAAUCGCCUUCGAAGCCGCCAUCACCGUGCUGGCGAUUGCGUGUCCGUGCAGUUUGGGUCUCGCCACGCCGACAGCGGUAAUGGUUGGAACAGGAGUCGGCGCUGCCAAUGGAAUUCUUAUCAAAGGUGGCGAACCAUUGGAGAGUAUGCACAAGGUCGAGACGAUAGUGUUCGACAAGACCGGCACGAUCACCGAAGGUCGACCGCGAGUCAUUCAGAUAGCCUCGUUCGUUUCGCCGACGCAAAUGUCCAUUCAGCUCAUUUCGUUCCUCAUCGGCGCUACCGAAGUCCUAUCAGAGCACCCGAUUGGGAAUGCGGUCGCCGCGUUCGCUAAACAACUCCUCAACGAUCCGGUUUGGCCGACGACGUCGCGAUUCCACGUGUCCGCCGGCUUCGGCGUCUCGUGUCGAAUUGAGAACGUUCGAAUGUCGUACGCGUCUUUAAAUAUCUCGUCGUCGCUUCGGAACAUGGCCAAAUUGGCGAGUGGCGAUUUGAUGAAUAUUCCGGGAACCGAGGCGAAUUUGCUCCAAGUGGCCACGGAUGAGGUGGCGAAAUUCAAUGAGAAUCUCGAUUCUGCUGACAUUGUCAUCGGAACCGAGAAUAUGAUGAUGAGGCAUGCGAUACCAGUCACCGAUAAAGUCAAAAAGCGACUGACAGAAGAGCAGAUUAGUGGAAAUAUAUCAAUCAUUUGCGCAAUUAACGGACAAGUGGUCGCUGUUGUCUCGAUUGCCGACAAAGUGAAGAAAGAAGCGCAAUUGGCGGUUUAUACGCUACGAGAAAUGGGAUUGCGUGUGGUUUUGCUCACCGGCGACAACGCAAAAACGGCAGAAUCGACGGCGAAGCAAGUCGGUAUCGACGAAGUGUUCGCCGAGGUUCUACCGAAUCAGAAGCAGGAGAAGAUCAAGCAGCUCAAAAGCAAUGGCGUGAAAGUGGCAAUGGUUGGCGAUGGGGUCAACGACUCGCCGGCACUUGCCGAGGCCGACGUGGGCAUCGCGAUCGCCGCCGGCUCAGACGUCGCCAUCGAAUCGGCUGGCAUCGUGCUCGUUCGCAACGAUCUUUUGGACGUCGUCGGAGCGAUAAAGUUGUCGAAAAAGACGACGAGACGAAUUCGUCUCAAUUUUCUUUUUGCAAUGAUCUAUAAUAUGAUCGGAAUUCCUAUUGCGGCUGGCGUUUUCCGACCCAUCGGAUUUUAUUUGCAACCAUGGAUGGCUGCCGCCGCGAUGGCGCUGAGCAGCGUCUCCGUCGUCACAUCAUCAUUACUACUUAAACAAUUCCGGAAGCCAACACUUGGGUCACUAUAUACAACGCGCUUUAAACAUCAUCUCAAAAUGCUCGAAUCGGGUUCGUUCGUGGUGAGAGUUCACCGCGGUCUCGACGACGCGGCGGUUUUCCGCGUGCCGUCGCGUCUCUCCGUUCUCUCCUCAAAAAUGGGUUCACUUCUCGGAUCGACAACAAGUAUUACAUCCAAAAAGGGAAGACUGUUGGACACCAAUUCGGACGUAGAAGAUUUGAUAGUCUAG